UGCACAAGAAAUAGAAAACAAGACCUUUUAUACUGCAGGAGUCAACUUGCAAGUAAAAAGUAGGCCAACAGGGGGCGCCAUUUAAUGCCACGCCUUCUGGUAACUAUAGAAACUGCUCAAACAACAAAACGCAUGCUAACAACAUCUUUCACAAAAUAAGAAGUAAUCCUUCGGUUACCUGAUAUCCUGCAAGCAGUUUAUUGUGACAAAGGACAAGAUGGAAGAGCAUACAUCUAAUCUGAACUAUACAACGGAAUCAGCUCUUCUUGUAAAAACCGUGCUGGAGAGAUACCGCCGCACUCUCACAACGGAGCCGGAGGAUAGCUCUCCUCACACUGAGAUGAGUAACAUUAACUGGGUUGCUAGCAAAUACUUCACAGUCGAUGUGGGAAAGAAACAGAUUGGACAGUACAUUCAGACGUGGGAUGUGCAGCCCCGCUGGCUCUACAGUCUGGACUUUCUCUACACAGCCGAAGAGGACUAUCAUACUUUCUACCACUAUCGGGCCCGCUUCAGCACCCCGAGUGCGCAAAAGCCAAUUCAGGGAACAGCUAGCGUCUACUUCGUCGUGGGCGUAUCUAAAGUCAAACCUGAAACUGUGCCAGUGGAAGUGCACUUCGUGGUGGAGUCAAACAGGCUAGUACACACACCAGGGAAGACCAGGUUUAGAGAAAAGUGGCUGGCGGAUGUUACUGAGAGCAAGACUUUGCUCCGAGGAGCUGUGGACCUUUGAACCAGCACUGCGGAACCAUCCAUCACCCCUGACAUAUUAAAGUUGCAUUCUUAAUGCUAGCUAAGCACUAGCAUUAAGACCCGCAAGAUGACUGCAUUUUAAUUACCAAACCACUUCGAAACAAAUCAGUUUAUGCUCGACAAUAUGCUUAUUUAAAGGACUAAACACCUCAUGUUAAUGUUGUUUGACAACCGGCUUGCUAAGCACAGCUAACACAUAAACACCUCGAAACCCGAUUAGCCACUGCUAGCUUCUCUAAUAAAUGAAUUGUGCAUUUUGAGUUUAUUAAACACAAUGUCACACAAUAAACAAUAUGUC